GGUAAGGGACCCGGCCGCCGCCGCCUAGUCUCACUCCUUCCUUUCCCAGAGCAAGCUUCCGAAAGCGUGGGGGCCGUCUCCGCUCCACAGCGCCUCAGCCCCGCUCGCCCGGCGGUAGCGGCGCUGGGCUGAGGCGGAGUCUCCUCUGGCGGAGACGGGCAGCGGCUUCUUUUCCGCCUGGUUCGGGCGGGCGGCUCGCGGCCGCCUCGGGCUACUUGCUUCCGGAUCGACGCCUCGGCCCCGAUAAGCGCCCGUUCCCGGACCCCGUCCCCGCGGUGGUAAGGGCGCCCACACGCGAGAUCCCCGGGGAGCCGCCCGGUCGCCGGCUGCCGGGGGUGGCCGAGGCUCCUCUGGGCGCGAUCCGUUCCCACCCGCGCCCCUUCCUCGUCGCCGCCCCGCUCCCGCCCGAGAUAAUGACUCGGUGGCUGCGGGCAUUGCAGUGGCGCAGAACAUCCAGUCAUGGAUAAAAAUGAGCUGGUGCAGAAGGCCAAACUGGCCGAGCAGGCUGAGCGAUAUGAUGACAUGGCAGCCUGCAUGAAGUCUGUAACUGAGCAAGGAGCUGAAUUAUCCAAUGAGGAGAGGAAUCUUCUCUCAGUUGCUUAUAAAAAUGUUGUAGGAGCCCGUAGGUCAUCUUGGAGGGUCGUCUCAAGUAUUGAGCAAAAGACGGAAGGUGCUGAGAAAAAACAGCAGAUGGCUCGAGAAUACAGAGAGAAAAUUGAGACCGAGCUAAGAGAUAUCUGCAAUGAUGUACUGUCUCUUUUGGAAAAGUUUUUGAUCCCCAAUGCUUCACAAGCAGAGAGCAAAGUCUUCUAUUUGAAAAUGAAAGGAGACUACUACCGUUACUUGGCCGAGGUUGCUGCUGGUGAUGACAAGAAAGGGAUUGUGGAUCAGUCACAACAAGCAUACCAAGAAGCUUUUGAAAUCAGCAAAAAGGAAAUGCAACCAACACAUCCUAUUAGAUUGGGUCUGGCCCUUAACUUCUCUGUGUUCUAUUACGAAAUUCUGAACUCCCCAGAGAAAGCUUGCUCUCUUGCAAAGACAGCUUUUGAUGAAGCCAUUGCUGAACUUGAUACAUUAAGUGAAGAGUCCUACAAAGACAGCACGCUAAUAAUGCAAUUACUGAGAGACAACUUGACAUUGUGGACAUCGGACACCCAAGGAGACGAAGCUGAAGCAGGAGAAGGAGGGGAAAAUUAACCGGCCUUCCAACUUUGUCUGCCUCAUUCUAAAAUUUACAUAGUAGACCAUUUGUCAUCCAUGCUGUCCCACAAAUAGUUUUUUGUUUACGAUUUAUGACAGGUUUAUGUUACUUCUAUUUGAAUUUCUAUAUUUCCCAUGUGGUUUUUAUGUUGAAUAUUAGGGGAGUAGAGCCAGUUAACAUUUAGGGAGUUAUCUGUUUUCAUCUUGAGGUGGCCAAUAUGGGGAUGUGGAAUUUUUAUACUAGUUAUAAAUGUUUGGCAUAGUACUUUUGGUACAUUGUGGCUUCACAAGGGCCAGUGUUAAAACUGCUUCCAUGUCUAAGCAAAGAAAACUGCCUACAUACUGGUUUGUCCUGGUGGGGAAUAAAAGGGAUAAUUGGUUCCAGAUACAGGUGUAGUUUUUGUGGGUACUUUAAGGUUUGGAGCACUUACAAGGCUGUAGUAGAAAUGGGUAUUCUGUAGAUAGUACAUAUUGAACCAUGAGUAUCUGUGGAAUACUCUCAAUGUGCACACCUUUGACUACAGUUGCAGAAGUGUUCCUUUAAUUGUGACCCAAUUUACUCUGGAUAAGGGCAGAAACGGUUCACAUUCCAUUAUUUGUAAAGUUACCUGCUGUUUGCUUUCAUUAUUUUUGCUACACUCCUUUUAUUUGUAUUUAAAUGUUUUAGGCAACCUAAGAACAAAUGUACAAGUAAAGACGCAGUAAAAAUGAAUUGCUUGAUAUCCAUUACUUUAUGUAUAUCAAGUACAGCAGCAAAAUAAAAAUCCCAUGUAUUUAACUUUUUUUAGGGUUUUUUUUGUUUUGUUUUUUGUUUUGGGGUUUUUUUUUUGCUUUUGUGAUUUUUUUUUUUUUUUUUUGAUACUUGCCUAACAUGCAUGUGCUGUAAAAAUAGUUAACAGGGAAAUAACUUGAGAUGAUGGCUAGCUUUGUUUAAUGUCUUAUGAAAUUUUCAUGAACAAUCCAAGCAUAAUUGUUAAGAACACGUGUAUUAAGUUCAUGUAAGUGGAAUAAAAGUUUUAUGAAUGGACUUUUCAACUACUUUCUCUACAGCUUUUCAUGUAAAUUAGUCUUCUGGUUCUGAAACUUCUCUAAAUUGUACAUUUUUGGAAAUUUAUUCCUUAUUCCCUCUUGGCAGCUAAUGGGCUUUUACCAAGUUUAAAUACAAAGUUUAUCGUAACAAAAUACUACUAAUAUAACUACUACUGUUCCCAACCAUGUCCCAUAUUCCUCCCCUCCCCUGGGUGGGGGGAGAAAGUUUUGUAUUUUGUUUGUUUGGUUUGGGGGGUUUUUUUUGGUUUGUUUUUUUUUUUUUUUCAGAGACGGGAUUGAUUGGAAAAAAGUAAUGUGUUCCAUUUAAAAUUUUGGUAUACGGCAUUUUCUAACUUAGGAAGCCACCAUGUUCUUGGCCCAUCAUGACAUUGGGUAGCAUUAAGUUUUGUGCUUCCAAAUCACUUUUGUUUUUAAGAAUUUCUUGAUAUUGUUAUAGCCUGCCUUCAAUUUUGAUCCUUUAUUCUAUUUGUCAGGUGCACAGGAUUACCUUUUUUAGCCUUCCGUCUUGUCACCAACCAUUCCUACUUGGUGGCCGUGUACUUGGAAAAAAGGCCGCAUGAUCUUUCUGGCUCCACUCAGUGUCUAAGGAUACCUUGCUUCCUUUGCUUGCAUCCCACAAACUAUUUCCCUCAUCCUAUUUACUGCAGCAAAUCUCUCCUUAGUUGAUGAGAUUGUGUUUAUCUCCUUGUAAGCCCUACCUAUCCUGAAUGGUCUGUCAUUGUCUGCCUUUAAAAUCCUUCCUCUUUCUCUCUUUAAAUAAUGAUGGGGCUAAGUUAUACCCAAAGCUCACCCUCAGACUAUUUUCCUCAGUACCUUGCAGAAAACACCAAACAAAAAUAUCAUUUUAAAAGAGGUGUAUUUUUUUUUUCUUUUAGAAUGUAAGCUCCUCAAGAGCAGGGACAAUGUUUUCUGUAUGUUCUAUUGUGCCUAGUACACUGUAAAUGCUCAAUAAAUAUUGAUGACGGGAGGCAGUGAGUCUUGAUGAUAAGGGUGAGAAACGGAAAUCCCAAAUAACUGUUUUGUUGCUUGUUUUAUUAUGACCUCAGAUUAAAUUGGGAAAUACCAGCCCUUUGGCACAGUUGUCCCAAAUACUACAUUCAAAUAAAAGUGCAAUGGAGGCCUUGGGGUCUUUCUUUCAAGGCGAAAAGAUCUCUUAUGCAUUGGGGCAAAAUAAUCAUCUUCAUGGCUCUUUUUUUAAACUGAUUUCUCCUGAGCCCCAGGCCAAGGACAUGAAGUAAUUGUUUAUAGCUAAGGAGCAUUAAACUAGACUUGAGGAGAUGGAUUUCAUUCAAGUAUAAAUAAAAACUAAAGCUUGUCACAUUUGCCUAUUUAUGUGCAUUAGUCUUCUAAACUAGUUUGAUUCUGAAAUAAAUUGUGAUAAUACUUAAUAUUAGCUGUUAAUGUUUCUACGUACUAGUGCCCAAUAGAUGAAGGAAGAUUCCAACCUGAGAUUUUUUUGCCUUGGGAUUUGAAUAAUAAAUUUUUAUGACAUUUCUUUAAUUGUCCCAAAUCCAGGCUUCAUGUCUGUUUUUGUCACUAUAACAUUGAUAUUUCCAGGAAAUUGGAGAAAACAACGUAUUUUCUGUGUGUGGAGUAUUGGGAUUGUUAAAAAAAAAAAAAUGUCUGCUUCACAGUUGCCCUUUUGAGAGAGGAGCCGCAUUGAGAUCAGUUGAAAGGAUGGACUUGGCUACAGCUCUUACCUAUGGUCCUAGCUUUUCCAUUUAAUAGUUCUGCUAUUACGUCAUGCUCUAAAGAUCAUAGAAAUGGUGAGGGGGGAGUAUAAGAGAAAAAGAAUGUCAAGUAGUUUAACUAGAGGGCCUCCAAUUUUUUUCCUUCCUGUCUUCCCUACAAAAUAGUCACCAAUCCUGCCAUGGCCCAAAACAUACUUAAAACUAAUAAUGGCCAGUUUGGAAUCUGCAGUCUUCAAUUAUUUGUGGUUAAACCUGCAUUUGAGAGUGAAACUUCGAUUGAAUAAUUGAACUCUUACCAACAGUGAAAAGCCUCUGGGUGCAAAUCGAAGAAUUUUGGAGACUUUUCCAGCAGUGGCAGUUAUCAUUGAAACAGUUUCAUAUCUACAUUAGGGGAGAACAGCACUUCAUUUGGAUGCAAGUACAUUAAUCACUGCAUGAGAGUCUAUACAGUGUGUUAGGAACUUCCUCCUGACUGGUGCUGUGUACUGAGAAGAUAGUCUUACAAAACAUUCCUGCAGAGAAAGAUCAAGGAACCAUAAAUUGCUUUAUUUUGUUGUAUGUAGGAAAAUAAGUGGUGGAAUUGAAACCUCUAUAGUUUUAAGGGGGUCUCUGAAACUGGGCGUUUGGAAGAUGGCUAGACGUGGGUCUUUUUCUAAAUGUGAAAUUAAUGUCAAUAAAGUACUCUUCCCUUCUCUUUAG